AUGUCAUAUACUCCUACUCAAGAGUCCUAUCAGUCUGUACUUCCGUCACAUGUUUCUUCGGGUUGGAACGAUCCUCCGGCUUUCAUUCCGACGUCGAAUUCCCCGAACCGCUUAGCUUCAAUGCGACAACGCCCCAUCGAUCCGUCGAUAAUGGUAACUAAUAUAAUUUCUCGUUUACCAUAAUUAUUUAUUAAUGUUCCAGUUGUUUUUUUUCAAGUUUUACUGAGUUCAGCGAUGUUGAAAAGUGCUUCUGAAAUGAAAGCUUUUUGGUAAAAAAAAAAACAGCUUUUUAGGGUGGGAGACCAGCAAUGACGACAGGAUACGGUCAACAGAUGUAUGGAGGAAAUCAACAAUACGGAAUGCCUGCACAGAAUCAACAAGGUUUAUCUUGUGGACUCUAUUUCUUCAUUUUUGUAAUACAUAAAUGAUAUUUGAAAAAAGUUGUCUCUUUAAGUUCCUCAAGGAAUGAUGGGAGGUUCGGCACAAGGGUUCUCACAACACGCGAGUCCCGCGGUCUACGGAGCACAAACGAUGAGUCAUCAACAGCCGUCGACUCAGCAGAGCCACGGCACCGGGUAUCUCCAGAAUCCGCAGGGCCAGAACCUCGCCUUCCAGAACGCUCCCUCAGCUUUCCCGCAACAGCAAGCCGCUUUUUUGCAACAACAACAUCACUCUUUCCAGAAUCCCCAGUCAAAUUAUCCUUCAGUAA